AUGAAUUAGUGCAGAAUUCAACACCAUGAUUGUCAGAAAGUUAAAUACAUCUGCUUAGACAAAAAAUGUAAUCAAGAAUAAAAAAUAGGUACAACAAAUAUAUUAUAAGUAGGUUGUGCUGAUUGUUUUUUAGAAUUUCAUGUACCUAAUGACAUAGUAUCUCAUAAUAGAAAAUUAAUAUCUGAGUUUGAGGCUGAAUUAAAAGGGAAAAUAUAAAAUUUUACUAGCAUUUCUAUUUUACCAAUCUCCAAUAAUUCAGAAUCAGUAGAUUAAGAAUUUAACAAUUGUUUGGAUAAUUUUAUUUAGAAAUUGACAUAUUACAAAGAGUUAAUUAAAGAGGAGAUAAACAAUGAAAAGAAGGAAUUUCUAACAUAAGUCUAUGAAUUUAAUUAAAAAGUUGAAGAGAAAAUUGAUUUGUAAAAUACAUAAAUAUCACAAUUAUCAACUAAUGAAAUUAAUAAAUCAAUUUCCUUUUAUUAGAAUUCAAAUAACAUUGUUUUUGACUUAAAAUAAGAUUUAUAAGAUAUGGAAAUUCAAAAAAAGAAAUUAAAUUUGAAAAAAUAAAAAACAACCUAAAAGCUAAGAAUUACUUUUGAAUAAAUUAUGAAAGAACUUGAUGAUCAUACCAAAAAUAAUAAUGAUAGCACAAACACCAAUGAUAAUCAUAACAAUAAUAAUAAUAAUAAUAAUAAUAAUAAUAAUAAUAAUAAUAAUAAUAAUAAUAAUAAUAAUAAUAAUAAUAAUAAUAAUAAUAAUAAUAGUAAUAUAUCAUGUACACCUGAAAAAAAAAUAAAACCCUCUUAAUUGAGUAGCACUACACAGUCAACUCCAACAAAAAAUGUUGUGGAUGUUGCUCGAUCUAAAAGAUAAAGAAAAGGAAAGAAUUGA